GGGAGAUCCAAAAUGAUAGGAGAAGACAGGAGGGGGAGGGAUGCAGCCAAGAGCUGGACAGGUGAUAGGCAAAAGGGGAUACGAGAGGAUCAUGGGACAGGAGGUCAGAGAAGAAAGACAAGGGGGGGGAACCCAGAGGAUGGGCAAGGGGUAUAUUCAGAGGGACAGAGGGAGAAAAAGGAGAGUGAGAGAAAGAAUGUGUGUAUAAAAAUAAGUAACAGAUGGAGUACGAGGGGGAGGUGGGGCAUUAGCGGAAGUUAGAGAAGUCGAUGUUCAUGCCAUCAGGUUGGAGGCUACCCAGACGAAAUAUAAGGUGUUGUUCCUCCAACCUGAGUGUGGCUUCAUCUUUACAGUAGAGGAGGCCGUGGAUAGAUAUGUCAGAAUGGGAAUGGGAUGUGGAAUUAAAAUGUGUGGCCACUGGGAGAUCCUGCUUUCUCUGGCGGACAGAGCGUAGGUGUUCAGCAAAGCGGUCUCCCAGUCUGCGUCGGGUCUCGCCAAUAUAUAAAAGGCCACAUCAGGAGCACCAGACACAGUAUAUCACCCCAGCCGACUCAGAGGUGAAGUGUUGCCUCACCUGGAAGCACUGUUCGGCGCCCUGAAUGGUGGUAAGGGAGGAAAUGUAAGGUCAUGUGUAGCACUUGUUCCGCUUACACGCAUGAGUGCCAGAAGGGAGAUCAGUGGGGAGGGAUGGAGGGGACGAGUGGACAAGGGAGUCGCAUAGGGAGCGAUCCCUGCGGAAUGCAGGGGGGGGAGGGAAAGAUGUGUUUAGUGGUGGGAUCCUGUUGGAGGUGGCGGAAGUUACGGAGAAUAAUAUGUUGGACCCGGAGGCUGGUGGGGUGGUAGGUGAGGACCAGGGGAACCCUAUUCCUAGUGGGGUGGCGGGAGGAUGGAGUGAGAGCAGAUGUACGUGAAAUGGGGGAGAUGCGUUGGGAAGAGCAGAGUUGAUAGUGCAGGAAGGGAAGCCCCUUUCUUUAAAAAAGGAAGACAUCUCCCUCGUCCUAGAAUGAAAAGCCUCAUCCUGAGAGCAGAUGCGGCGGAGACGGAGGAAUUGCGAGAAGGGGAUGGCAUUUUUGCAAGACACAGGGUGAGAAGAGGAAUAGUCCAGAUAGCUGUGAGGGUCAGUAGGUUUAUAGUAGACAUCAGUGGAUAAGCUGUCUCCAGAAACAGAGACAGAAAGAUCUAGAAAGGGGAGGGAGGUGUUGGAAAUGGACCAGGUAAACUUGAGGGCAGGGUGAAAGUUGGAGGCAAAGUUAAUAAAGUCAACGAGCUCUUCAUGCGUGCAGCGCCAAUGCAGUCGUCGAUGUAGCGAAGGAAAAGUGGGGGACAGAUACCAGAAUAGGCACGGAACAUAGAUUGUUCCACAAAGCCAACAAAAAGGCAGGCAUAGCAGCUACACCUUUAGUUUGGAGGAAGUGGGAGGAGCCAAAGGAGAAAUUAUUAAGAGUAAGGACUAAUUCCGCUAGACGGAGCAGAGUGGUGGUAGAGGGGAACUGAUUAGGUCUGGAAUCCAAAAAGAAGCGUAGAGCUUUGAGACCUUCCUGAUGGGGGAUGGAAGUAUAUAGGGACUGGACAUCCAUGGUGAAAAUAAAGCGGUGGGGGCCAGGAAACUUAAAAUCAUCGAAAAGUUCAAGGGCGUGAGAAGUGUCACGAACAUAGAAUCGAUUCCAGAGCUGAGGCAGGAUGCGGACUGCAGAAGGCUCAUCAGGUACGGUGCUCCAUCGGCUCAUCCAGGAGCAGCUGCGCUAUGGCAACCUGACGGACAACCGGACACUGCUGGCCAUCCAGCAGCAGGCGAUGAGGGGUGGGACAGGCAGUCCCCGCUCUUCACUGGAGAGCCUUACACAAGAGGAGUGUCACAUCGUUCAGCACUCUACACGACAGGAGCCACAGGGUCAGGAGCACCAGGGAGACUUCACACACUCGGAGAACCUCCUUCAUCGGCUACAGCAGAUGCAGCUAAAUGGGGAGGCACUGCCAUCCUAUGAGGAGGCAAAAGCCCAGUCCCAGCUCCUGGCCGGGCACAGGAGGCAGCAGCUGCCCACUGACUCAGGCCCUAACCUGGCCACUGAAACACACCCAGCCUUGACCCAAGGCAGAGCCCACCAGGACCUUCACAGCGACACCCUCAAAGAUCUGAAACACGAGCACGUGCGCUCCCUCAGCGAGAGGCUGAUGCAGCUUUCUCUGGAGAGGAAUGGGCCCAAAACUCCAACCACCAUGAGCUCUUCACACAGUUUUCCCCAGCUUUCGAAACGCCACAAGCUGCCAGUGGUGACGGGGUGCCAAGGACACAUCCAGUCUGUGGAGCACCGUGGGCCUCCUCCAGAAUACCCUUUUCAUGCAAAGCCAGCUGCUCCCAUAUACCCUCAUUCCCAGCAUCACCUCAGUGAUGAAGGCCCCACUCCAUGCUCUGACAGACAGCACCUCAACACCAACAGGGGUGGCUACAGCACUCAAGAACAGUCUCCCAGGGUGACUCAGUUUGAGGUAUCGCAUCCCACCCAGCAGCAGAAACACAGCCUCUUGGCCUCAACACAGAUGAAGGAUGUGUCUUUCACUGAAGUUCCAUGUGACAGCACCCACAUUGUAUCAGUGGACCAUGUGGCACUGAUCAACCGUGCCCAGCAAAUGGUGGAGAUGUUGCUGAAGGAAAACGAAAACUUACGGAAGGAGCUGGAUGGACAUACUGAAAAGUCAAUCAAAAUCCAGAAGUUGGAGAGAGAGAUCCAGAGGAUUUCAGAAGCCUAUGAAAACCUCAUGAAGGCAUCAGCCAAACGUGAGACACUGGAAAAAACAAUGAGGAACAAAAUGGAGGGAGAAAUUCGACGGCUUCAUGACUUCAAUCGCGACCUCAGAGAGAAGUUGGGUUCUGCCAACAAACUGCUGACCAGCAAGGAGUGUGAGGUCUCAGAGGAUGGACAAAGCAUUCUCAGCAAGUUGAUCGUUCAAAACAGGGAACAGCAGCAAGAGAAGGAGCAGCUUCGGAGGGAGUUACGCCUCUCGUGCAGCAGGUAUGAAGAUCAGCAGAGGCGGGUGCAGCUUCUUGACCACGCACUCAACAGCACACAGUCCAAAGUAGUGCGGCUUGAGGACGAGUUGCGGAAAAAGCGAGCCUACGUGCAGAGAGUGGAGAAGCUGCAGCAUGCUCUAAGCCAGCUGCAGGCUGCAUGUGAGAAACGGGAGCAGCUGGAGCUGCGACUGAGGAAACGCCUGGAGCAGGAACUGAAGAGUCUGCGGACGCAGCAGCGCCAAGCAACAGCUCAGGGCCCUGGAUCUUCAGAGUACAGUGUGCCAGCAUUGAUGGAGCUGCUCCGUGAGAAGGAGGAGAGGAUUCUAGCUCUGGAAGCUGACAUGACAAAAUGGGAACAGAAGUAUCUGGAGGAGAGCACUAUGCGGCAGUUUGCAAUGGAUGCUGCUGCUACAGCAGCUACCCAGAGAGACACCACUAUAAUCAAUCAUUCCCCUCACCAUUCACCCAACAACAGCUUCAAUGGGAGCUCUCUGGAGAAAUGUGUUUACUACGAGAACGGCGAGGUUAUUGUGACCAAUCAUCGGCACCAAGAGAUGGAGAACAGGAUUAAAGCCCUGCAUGCACAGAUCCUGGAGAAGGAUGCCAUCAUCAAGGUCCUCCAACAGCGCUCCAGAAAAGACCAGAUGAAGCCUGAGCAACUGGCACUGCGACCAGCUCGGUCAGUGCCCUCCAUUGCCCUGUCCACGGGUAUAUCCCUGACCAGUGACAGGGAUGACAAGGCGAUCCAUGGCAGCUCAGGUGCUGUAAACAAAGGCUGCAUCGAGGAUCAGAGUGUGGCUUCAGACUCUCAUCCUGCAGUGUCACACACUAAACAUGGGAGCAGAGACGGCAGCACACAGACUGAGAAAAUGGCCGAAGCAAUACAGUCAGCCCCGGGAGGCUCACAGGACAACGAGAGCUCAGGCAGCUCACGGGCUAACAAACCUAUGACCAGUUCAGUAGAUCUGCUGCAGACACCAAACCAGGUGAGUCUCAGCACUGUUAAAAGCCAAGAUUCAACAGACAACGACAUGGUGGAAAUCCUCAUAUGAGAACGACAUCUACCAGAUGAUGGCAGACUUCUGUGUAAUAUAAAGGCCUUCAGGUUUCGCAAACCUUUAACUCCUUACUGCCAAUGUGGAACCAGGACAAAACCAAGGAAAAUCUGAACAAUUCCUGCAUAAAGUAUGGAGUCAGAAUAUGAUUUUUAUGAAAAAAGGGAAAUGUGGCCUUGAAUGCAUCAUAUCCAUAAGCUGCUAUAACAUUUGAAGGUUAUACACACAAGAAGAGCUGAACUAGUCUUUGUGCCGUGUGUGAAGCUUCCCUGAGUGGCAGGAGACACUCUCAAAUUAAUCCAGACUAUCUGAAGUGUUGUGAAGUUCCAUUCUGAGAUGGGCACAUUGGUGUUAUAGAAGGCAGUAUUUUUACACAACUGCCAAGCAUAAAAGCUUCACAGCAGCAUUAAUAAAUAUAAUUACAAAUAUCUAGCACUAGACCGUAUAAUAUAUACUGUACAUAAUGCUGUAAAUUAUUCUUUAUUUUAACAAGUUCUGUUUCAGCUUUAAACUUUGUGCAAUUUAACUAAAUCUUUGCUAUGACUGAAAAUGUCUCUUGAACUUCCCUUGUCAUUUCUGCCAGCAAGGGAUGUGAUUUCUGUGUCGCCAUCCUCCACGUUUAUGUCUCAUUUCCCUCCUUCAGUACCUCCUGUGCAUUUUUUGAUCAAUAUGUAUAUAGCUUUCCUCGUGACUGACAACUUCUUCCAGCCAAACCUUGAAUUGGAGCUGACUUGGAGAAAACCCCCCACUGUAGCUUCACUACCCCAGGCCUUAGCAUUCUGUCAUGGGCACAGGAAGAUUCCACAACACAUUGAAAGGAUGCUCAGUUGACAAUUGAGGCUUUGUGUGUUCAGAGGGGGAUGUUAUCAGCAGUUCUGCAAUAUUAUCUACACCUUCCUGAGUGAAAGCAUUCUUAAAAAGGACUAAAGUGCUUGUGGUCCACUAGUGCAGGACACCACAGAAUCUACCACAGAGUGCUCCUCCCCAAGCAAAAUACCCCAUAACAGAAGAUCACCACCUCCAACUGCACAGUGAGAAAUGAACCAUUUUGUGCCUCUGCAAGUCUGGCCUCCUGAUUUAGGAAGUCCAGUGGGAGGGGGAAGGGUGGAUGGUAUGGUUCCACUGUUCCCUGGUCAUUUCCCCAUUGCCCAACCCCAGCCCAGAUUUGGAAUAGGGAUUCUGCCUGCAUCAGUGAGAAUCUGUGUGGUCAUUGCAUCUGUCCAUCCCUCCCUGAACAGUUGCCAAUCCAUUCCUGGACUCGGCAGGAGCAGGACUGGCAAGUAUCUGUAUUCUGCAGUCACAUAUUCACAGUGGGUCUGGUCCCCUGAGCAUUGCCACACAAGGGGCGCUGAGCUUAGGGCACUGGGCAGACUGGCAGCUGGUUUCUGCCACAAUGACACAUUUCCAAGUAAUGAAAUGAGGACGGAUAGGGUUACAUCCAAGUUUCGAACCUACAGCUGUCCCUUCAUUCACUUUUGGGUCUAAGCAUGGACCAACUACACUCCACUGAGGUAUCCUGGGUACAGAUACAGGUUGGGAAUGGCCCUGUGAUGUCAUUGCGUCAGUGGCCCAAAUUAUUAGGAAAACCCAUCCCGGAAAGAUGCAUGAGCUGGGAUCGGUGUCUCACAUUCCACCCUGCCAUGAGAGCAGUCACAGGAAAGUGAAUUCUGUGAGCAGCCAAGUGAAGGACAGAGGGCAACUUGUUAAUCCUACAUAUCGACCUGUCCAGCUGGUUACAAGGUGAUGUCUUCCAUGUAAUGUGCUUGCUGGCCAUUGCCUUCUCUCUAUGACAGCAUUCACACCUACUUUGUUUACAAAAAUAUUGUGAAGCAAAAAAAACAAAAAAAAUUAAUAUAUUUUGUACGAAUAUUUGUAUCUGACACGGCUGUAUUUUAGUGCCACUGAACCUCAUGCCAAAGAUGAUAAACUGCAUUAUUAUUAAAUAACUUAUGUAAGUAUUUAAUGAUGAAGUCAGGGUUGUAUGGAAAGGCACCAAACCCUGGGAUUGCUGCAGCGUUCUGUAUGGUAUAUAGUUAUUUCAAAUUAAUGAUGUGAAUCUUAGACAUCGGAUUUUUAUAUUGGAAUAUCACCACACAUUUCAGUA